GCUUAUAUGUAUAGAGAGAGAUUUCCUUUAAGCCUACCUUGAGAUUUGAGAGAGAGAACUUGACUUUGUAAUUCAAUGGCUUCUCUCUCUACUUCAUCUCUCUCUGGUUCAUCUGGAACCAGAAAGCCCUGCUUUCCUCACAAUGCCAUUACCAGGUUCAUUAAUCCAAGCUCCGUUAAACUCAAGCUACCCUUGAGCCAGAGAUCGAGGAAUCUCAGCCAUUCGAUCGAUCGCUUGGUCAUCAAGAGCAUAGCCAGUGAUCAGAGGUUGCAGAAGUCUGUCACUGAAGAGGAGAUUCCAACAGUUCCAAAGCCCGGGGCACUGGAUUCCACGUCGAUUGCAUCAAACAUCAAAUACCAUACUGAAUAUACGCCAUCAUUCACCCCGGAUAAUUUUGGACUACCUAAGGCUUAUUUGGCAACUGCAGAGAGUGUCCGUGAUGCUCUUAUAAAAAACUGGAAUGAGACGUAUGAGUAUUAUGACCGGGUUAAUGUUAAACAGGCAUACUAUUUGUCCAUGGAAUUUUUGCAGGGUAGAGCAUUGUUAAAUGCAAUUGGAAAUUUGGAGCUUACAGGUGCUUAUGCAGAAGCACUAAGCAAGUUGGGCCAUGAUUUAGAGAGUAUAGCAUCCCAGGAGUCAGAUGCUGCACUUGGCAAUGGGGGUUUAGGUCGGUUAGCUUCGUGCUUUUUGGAUUCUAUUGCAACAUUAGAUUACCCAGCCUGGGGUUAUGGGCUUAGAUACAAGUAUGGUUUGUUCCAUCAGAAUAUAACAAAAGAUGGUCAAGAAGAGGUUGCAGAGAGUUGGCUUGAGUUGGGAAAUCCUUGGGAAAUUGUAAGGAAUGAUGUUUCUUAUCCGGUGAAGUUCUACGGAAAAGUCCUCACUGGACUGCGUGGUAGGAAAUUCUGGGUGGGUGGUGAAGAUGUCAAUGCAGUGGCCUAUGAUGUCCCUAUACCUGGGUAUAAAACUAAAACCACAAUUAACCUCCGGCUUUGGUCGACAAAGGUUUCAUCUCAGGAUUUUGAUCUCCAAGCUUUCAAUGCUGGAGACCAUGGAAUGGCAAAUCAGGCCCAUGCAAAUGCUGAAAAGAUCUGUUAUAUAUUAUAUCCUGGUGAUGACUCUAUGGAGGGGAAAAUUCUGCGCUUGAAGCAGCAAUACACACUCUGUUCUGCUUCCCUUCAAGAUAUAGUUGCUCGUUUUGAGAGGAGAUCGGGAAAUGAUGUGAAUUGGGAAGAGUUUCCUGAAAAGGUUGCUGUUCAGAUGAACGAUACUCACCCAACAUUAUGUAUUCCAGAGCUGAUCCGAAUAUUGAUUGAUGUGAAGGGUUUGGCAUGGGAGGAAGCUUGGAGGAUUACACAACGUGCUGUUGCAUACACAAAUCACACAGUUCUUCCUGAAGCUUUAGAGAAGUGGAAUUUGGAGCUUAUGCAGAAGCUACUUCCUCGACAUGUUGAGAUCAUAGAAAGGAUUGAUGAAGAGCUUAUUGGGGAACUAGUUUCACAGUAUGGUACAGCAGAUCUUGAACUGCUGAAGAAAAAAAUAAAGAGCUUGAGAAUUUUAGAGAACUAUCCACUUCCUGAAGCUGUGGCAUCUCUAUUUGUCACACCUAAACAGUUAACGGAAUCCAAAGAUGGUGACAAAUCCCAAAAUGUAGAGACAAAUGCUAAGGUUGAGAAAUUAAAAGCUGAUUCUAAGAGUAAUAAUUCUAAACCACCAGUUGAAGAUCCAGAUCUUAAGCUUCAAAAAAUGGUACGCAUGGCCAAUUUAUGUGUUGUUGGUGGCCAUGCUGUAAAUGGAGUUGCUGCUAUUCAUAGUGAGAUCAUAAAGGAGGAUGUUUUCAAUGAUUUUUAUAAGUUGUGGCCGGAGAAGUUUCAAAACAAGACAAAUGGGGUUACUCCAAGAAGAUGGAUCAGAUUUUGCAAUCCAGAUCUUAGCAAAGUUUUGACUAAAUGGUUGGGUACAGAAGACUGGGUUCUGAAUACGGAGAAAUUGGCUGAACUUAAACAGUUUGCCGACAAUGAAGAGCUCCAAAAGGACUGGUCUGCUGCAAAAAGGAGCAACAAGAUGAAAGCUGUUUCAUUCAUCAAAGAGAAGACAGGAUACGUAAUCAGUCCUGAUGCAAUGUUUGAUAUACAGGUCAAGCGCAUUCACGAGUACAAGCGACAACUAUUGAAUAUCUUGGGCAUCAUUUACCGCUAUAAAAAGAUGAAAGAGAUGAGUGCCGAGGAAAGGAAACUGAAAUAUGUACCUCGUGUAUGCAUAUUUGGAGGGAAGGCAUUUGCCACUUAUGUGCAGGCAAAGAGGAUAGUUAAGCUCAUAACAGAUGUAGGGGCAACAAUUAAUCAUGAUCCUGACAUAGGAGAUCUCUUGAAGGUUGUCUUUGUUCCGGAUUACAAUGUCAGUGUCGCGGAAACUUUAAUUCCUGCCAGUGAACUAUCCCAGCACAUCAGUACUGCUGGGAUGGAGGCGAGCGGGACAAGUAAUAUGAAAUUUGUGAUGAAUGGCUGCAUUUUGAUCGGUACAUUAGAUGGGGCCAAUGUGGAAAUCAGGGAGGAGGUCGGAGAGGACAACUUCUUUCUAUUUGGGGCACGUGCCCAUGAGAUUGCAGGGCUUAGAAAAGAAAGACGAGAGGGCGAGUUCAAGCCGGAUCCUCGUUUUGAAGAGGCCAAAAAAUUUAUCAGAAGUGGAGCAUUUGGAAAGUUUGAUUACAAUGAGUUAGUGGGUUCUUUAGAGGGCAAUGAGGGCUUUGGAAGAGCUGACUAUUUCCUUGUUGGGAAGGACUUUCCAAGCUAUAUCGAGUGCCAAGACGAAGUUGAUGCAGCAUAUAGAGACCAAAAGAGAUGGACGAGAAUGUCAAUAUUGAACACGGCCGGUUCCUACGAGUUCAGCAGUGAUCGUACAAUCCAUCAAUAUGCCAAAGAAAUAUGGGGGAUCAACCCUGUCAGGUUAACUUAAGCUUGUUCUUUAGGACCUUUCAUUUAUUUGUUUAUAUCUGUUGAUUAAGAGAAAGAAGUAUUAUUAUUUAAGAGAAAAAUGGUACAUAACUUUAGCCUUUUAUUUGGGAUAAGGAGAAACAAAUAAGAGUUGUUUGCCAUGCUCGGACGCAUGUUAUUCCUUUCAUGGAUAUGAAAGAUUUUGCAGAGACUUUGUGUAUGUUGUUAACGUCUAAACAGCAUCUAUUGUAUGCA